AUGAAAGGGCGAGGGAAGGAAACGGAGCGGGGAGGGAGGCGGGGACGGGAGGAGGGAGAGACGGAGAGACAGAAGGGAGGCCGGGAGGGAGGAAAGGCGGAGAGAUGGGGAGAGGGAAGGAGGGACAGGCGAAGCCGGAAAGGGAGGAAAGGGGGAGAGAUGCGGAGAGGGAAGGAGGGACAGGCGAUGCCGGAGAGGGAGGAAAGGCGGAGAGAUGCGGAGAGGGAAGGAGGGACAGGCGAUGCCGGAGAGGGAGGAAAGGCGGAGAGAUGCGGAGAGGGAAGGAGGGACAGGCGAUGCCGGAGAGGGAGGAAAGGCGGAGAGAUGCGGAGAGGGAAGGAGGGACAGGCGAUGCCGGAGAGGGAGGAAAGGCGGAGAGAUGCGGAGAGGGAAGGAGGGACAGGCGAUGCCGGAGAGGGAGGAAAGGCGGAGAGAUGCGGAGAGGGAAGGAGGGACAGGCGAUGCCGGAGAGGGAGGAAAGGCGGAGAGAUGCGGAGAGGGAAGGAGGGACAGGCGAUGCCGGAGAGGGAGGAAAGGCGGAGAGAUGCGGAGAGGGAAGGAGGGACAGGCGAUGCCGGAGAGGGAGGAAAGGCGGAGAGAUGCGGAGAGGGAAGGAGGGACAGGCGAAGCCGGACGGAGAGGGCGCCGCGCGCCGCCCCGCUCCGGGCUCCCUGA